UUUGAAUCGCUCGCAUCGAGUGCUCGCGUUUGCAUUUCCCCCCUAACGAUCUGAUCUCGACCCGAACCAAGUGAAACGAUCGCAUACAAUAACACCCAAAACCCAAUUAAAGUCUAUAAUUAAUCGGCGGAGAGGUCAGAGAGUUGAAAGUGCCACCAGCAAAUCCGCGGCAUCGCAUCGAAUCAAUCAGUAAAUCUGAAAAACGGCUCCAAAGCCGCGUUUGUGGUGGUGUACCUUCGAGGUAUCUAAGCGCACAUCUACACUGGGUCUCUGGUCUCUGGCUGCCUGUUGGACCUGGAGUUAAAGUUGGAAACUCGUUUUUCAAAACCAAAACGACGAACAAAAAAAGUCUGCACAAAACGAGAAAAUAAGCGCGGCCGCGAAGAAAACAACAACAACAAAGGAAGGGGAGAAAAAAAAAGCACAAUAAUAUAAGAAAAGCAAAAGCAGAUCCAGAACUAAAGCCAAAACCAAAACCAAAACCAAAACCUGACGGAUACCAACGAGGAGCCAGGCUCACUGUGAUUUGGUUUGGUUUUUGGCCGCGUUCGUCGUUCGCCGUUCGCCCUUCUGCAUUCUUUUCGCUUGUUUACUUAUUUUCGUGUGCUUCACUUGUUGCAGCUGCACAUACGUCCGCCCAAACAUAUAUAUUCCUCUCAAUAUAUAUAUACGUAUUUAUAUAUGUGGGUACUCGUAUAUUCGGACACGGAUUCGGGUUCGGUUUGUAUGCCAUAGAUACGGUGCCUGUGCCUGAGCCUGGCCUGCAAACCUGUUCCUCCGGCCGUUUGCCAGUGUGUCGGUAUCGGUGUGUAGUGUGUGCUGUGUGGUGUAUGGUGUACGGUGUGGUGAGAGCCUGUAUACGGAAUUAUUCAAAUAAGAAAAUCGUCGUCCACACAAAUGUUCAACAACGAUGGCCACAUUGGGCCUGUCAAAAGUCUUCAUACUGGAUAAAUAUUUCACCGAAUUGCAAAAAUUUUGGGAGACGGAGAAGAAGCUGCAGGAUGCAUCUUCAUCCAAUGAGGCAGUUCAUCUGCAGCAGCGGCUCAAGAGCCUGAGCACCGAGUUGGUUACUCUUCGAAAUCGGCUGCAUGUGGGCCAAGGACAGGGUCAGGGUCAGAACCAGAGCCAGGGAAAUGGCUCCCAGUCCCACAGCUCCCCAGGAGGGGCCAACUCGGGUCCGAAGGCCAACAACUUUGACCUAAAUGCGUCCAGCCCAAAUCUCAACCUAAGUUCCAGCGGCGGAGGACUUUCCGCCAGCGCCGUGCAACAGCACACCAAUGGACAUCACACGGCAUCGAAGAAUCAUAACUUUAGCCAGACGCUGCCAUCAAACUCGGGCUCAGGGGGAGGCGGUGCAGGAGGAGGAGGAGGAGGUGGAGCUGUGGUGUCGUCGAGGAACACCUCCAUUCCACACCCACUUCCGCACCAGCUGGGCGAGAAGCCGGGCCUGUCGAACCACCAGACUGGCAGCGGACAUGGCCAGUCCACUGGGACACUGCCGCACAUGAGCAGCAUGGGAAACAUCCUGGGGCAUGGUUCCCAUUCUCAUGCCCCGGCCAACACCAGCUCCAACACGCUGCCCAUGCGCUCCUCCAACUCCGGACACCUGGGCACCAAUGGAGGAGUCGGUGGCCACCAUCUUAGCCACGCCCACAGCCAACAGUUGCCAUUCAUCCCACAGCCGAAGCAUGCGAAUCCCUGCCAGAGUGUGAAGACGCUGCCCUUCGGCUUCGGAUUCGCCGGUGGCCAGCAGAAGCUGCCGCAGCCGACCCUCUCCCUGCCCAAGGACAUGCAGGACCUCAUCCACCUCUCCGGACCGCUCACCGAGCACGCCGUGAUGCGGACGCUGCAGGCCCGCUUCAACGAGCAGCGGUACUUUACGAAUGUGGGUCCGAUCUUGCUCUCCAUCAAUCCGUACCUGGAUGUGGGCAACCCGCUGACCCUAACCUCCACCCGCGCCCUGCCCCUGGCCCCGCAGCUACAGAAGAUCGUUCAGGAGGCAGUGCGUCAGCAGAGCGAGACGGGCUAUCCGCAGGCCAUUAUCUUGUCCGGGACAUCGGGAGCGGGCAAAACGGCCAAUGCGAUGCUGAUGCUGCGCCAGCUCUUUGCCAUUGCCGGCGGAGGACCGGAGACGGAUGCCUUCAAGCACCUUGCCGCCGCCUUUACGGUCCUCAGAUCCCUGGGCUCGGCAAAGACCACUACCAACUCGGAGUCGAGCCGCAUCGGACAGUUCAUCGAGGUGCAGGUUACGGAUGGGGCUCUCUACCGCACCAAGAUCCACUGUUACUUCCUAGACCAGACGCGCGUCAUCCGGCCGCUGCCGAAAGAGAAGAACUACCACAUCUUCUAUCAACUGCUGGCGGGUCUCAGCCGGGAGGAACGGCAGAAGCUACAUCUGGAGGGCUACUCGCCCGCCAAUCUGCGCUAUCUUCGUGGAGACACCGGCCAGAACGAGCAGGAGGAUGCGGUGAGGUUCCAGGCGUGGAAGACCUGUCUCGGCAUCCUGGGCAUUCCCUUUCUGGAUGUUGUCCGUGUCCUGGCCGCCGUUUUGCUGCUCGGAAAUGUCCAGUUCAUUGAUGGUGGGGGCCUCGAAGUAGACGUGAAGGGGGAGACGGAGCUGAACUCGGUGGCCAGUCUGCUGGGCGUUCCGCCGGCGGCCCUCUUCCGCGGACUGACCACCAGGACCCACAACGUGCGCGGCCAGCUGGUGAAGUCCGUGUGCGGCGAUGGCGAUGCCAACAUGACGCGGGACUGCCUGGCGAAGGCGCUCUACUGCCGCACGGUGGCCACCAUUGUGAGGCGGGCCAACAGCCUGAAGCGCCUGGGAUCCACUCUGGGCACGCUCAGCUCGGACUCGAAUGAGUCGGUGCACAACCAGGCGGAUGCCGCCUCCCAGCACGCCUCUACAAUUGGUGGCGGCAAUGCGGGCUCCAAAUCGAUGGCGGCCCUCAACAAUGCGGUGCGCCAUGCCACCGAUGGCUUCAUCGGCAUCCUGGACAUGUUCGGGUUCGAGGAGCCCGCGCCACACGCCCACCUGGAGCACCUGUGCAUUAACCUGUGCGCCGAGACCAUGCAGCACUUCUACAACACGCACAUCUUCAAGUCCUCGGUGGAGUCCUGUCGCGACGAGGGUAUCGUGUGCGACACGGAAGUUGACUACGUAGACAAUGUGCCCUGCAUCGACCUGAUAUCCUCGCUGCGCACGGGUCUGCUCAGCAUGCUGGACGCGGAGUGCUCGGUGCGGGGCACCGCGGAGAGCUAUGUGGCCAAGCUCAAGGUGCAACACCGCUGCUCCACCCGCCUGGAGACGAAGCCCACCGCCGAGCCGCACGAUCCGCGCAUGUUCCUCAUCCGCCACUUUGCCGGUCGGGUUGAGUACGACACCACCGACUUCCUGGACACCAAUCGCGAUGUGGUCCCAGACGAUUUGGUGGCAGUGUUCUACAAACACACCUGCAACUUCGGCUUCGCCACCCAUCUCUUUGGCUCCGAGCUGAAGGCCUUGUAUGCCCAGCAGCAGGCGCCGCGCGGUCUCAGCUUCCGGAUCUCGCCCACCUCGCACUCGGACCUGCUCAACGGGGACGAGCCGGUGUCCACCCUGACCCAGGACUUCCACACGCGCCUGGACAAUCUGCUGCGGACACUGGUGCAUGCCAGGCCGCACUUUGUGCGCUGCAUCCGGAGCAAUGGGAACGAGGCGGCCGGCAGCUUCGAUCGGGCCACCGUGGUGCGCCAGAUUCGAUCGCUGCAGGUCCUGGAGACGGUCAAUCUGAUGGCCAGUGGGUUUCCGCAUCGCAUGCGCUUCAAGCAGUUCAACGCCCGCUACCGUAUGUUGGCCCCCUUUCGCCUCCUGCGGCGCAGCGAGGACAAGGCUCUGGAGGAUUGCCAGCUGAUCCUGCAGUAUGCCAUGGAGCAGCCGCCGGUGCUGGAUGGCUCCGUGACCCUGGCCUGGGCGCCCGGCAAGCGACACGCCUUCCUCAGCGAGGGCAUCCGCCAGCACUUGGAGCAUUUGCGGACGGAGAUCCGCCACAAGAGCGCCACUUUAAUGCAGGCCACCUGGCGGGGUUGGUGGUGGCGCAAGAAGGUGGGCAGUAGCGGCGCCAAGCGCUCCAGGGCCACAGGUCACCACCAGGGCCAGGUGGCAGUUGCUCCCCUUCCGGUUGCCAAGACGAACACGGUCCACCACUCCAGUGCGCAGAGCAAGGCAGCAUCCUCCACGAUGGCCGCUCUGGCAGCGGUGGCAGCUGCUGCCCCCAGUACAGUGCCACGCCUUUCGGCCAAGUCAACGAACCUGGGCAUCGGCGGCACAGCGACCAGACCCAGACCGCAACCCAUCGCUGGGACUCCUCCGCCGGAUCCGCACGAGAAGUGCGACCAGAAGAUCAUACAGCAAACCUGUAGCCUGUUUGGACUGGAUUUGGAACGUCCGCCGCCUGUACCCCCGUCCCGCUCGUACACAAUUAGCGGCAACUCGAAGCUGGGCUAUCCGCAGAGUCGGGUCAUGAAGACGAACUUCCCGGAGGAGGGCCAGUCGGAGGCACUGCAGCUGAAGAAGGGCGAGGCGGUGACCGUGGUGAGUGCCUCCACCGGACGUGGUCACCUGCUGGUGGAGCACAAAGGCCAGAGCUUCCAUGUGCCCUUUCAGUACAUGGAGCUAAUGACUUCGGAGUCCGCUGGCGGUACUAACCUGGUUCCGAUUCCGGCUGGGCAGUCCAAUGGUGUAAAAAUUUGAAUACGGAAUAUCCCCACUGCUCCAAGACUGUACAUAUUUAACUUGGUAGACUAAGAAACAACCAUUAUUUAUAAGAAACGCAUGCAAACUGAGGUGCUACAAUUGGCCCCGGACUUACGUAGUAUUAUUAAUGUCGUGUUUAUAUAAAUAAACACCAAUCAAUAGGUUGUAGUUUCGCAAACAUACCCACAAGUGCCAAUCAAAUAAGUUCUUCCAUCUAUUUUAUAAGUACUUUACAUGUUACUCAUACCAUUUUAUUUGCGCGUUACUCUGAGUAAUUAAGUUAAAAGCCAAUACUCUGAGUACUUUAGUAAGAUUCAAGCAUACCAUUCAAACUUAUUAUACCCUUGCAGAGGGUAUUAUAAUUUUGGUCAAAAGUGUGCAACGCAGUGAAGGAGACAUCUCC